AUGACCAAACACUACUACUGGAUUACUUCAGAUAACACCAUGACCAAACACUACUACUACUGGAUUACUUCAGAUAACACCAUGACCAAACACUACUACUGGAUUACUUCAUAUUACACCAUGACCAAACACUACUACUGGAUUACUUCAGAUAACACCAUGACCAAACACUACUACUGGAGUACUUCAGAUAACACCAUGACCAAACACUACUACUGGAGUACUUCGGAUAACACCAUGACCAAACACUACUACUGGAUUACUUCAGAUAACACCAUGACGAAACCCUACUACUGGAUUACUUCAGAUAACACCAUGACCAAACACUACUACUGGAUUACUUCAGAUAACACCAUGACCAAACACUACUACUGGAUUACUUCAGAUAACACCAUGAUCAAACACUACUACUGGAUUACUGUUAUCUGA